AUUCAGAGUCAGAGAAUGCAGAUUGGAGGCCAGGCUCUGCCACUCCCUCUAUCAAGGUGUAAGACAUGGAACCUCUCUGGGACUCAGUUUCCACAUCUGCAAAAUGGAGAGGAGGGGAGGAGAGAAGGAUCUCUCCGUCUGCCCCGGCCAGGCUCUCUGGAUCCCGUGCUCCAGGGGUACCCUUGAAGUGGACACCAGUGUGCCAGGCAGAGGCCACCCUACAGCCACACAUCUUUCCCAGAGGUUUUACCAGGGAAUGGGGCUGUGAGCCCUGCUCUUGCCAUGUGCCUGCCAGGGGAGGUGGCCCCAUGCCCAAUGCCAACCUUUCAGAACAACAGCACCCUUUCCCAACUGGGCCCCUGUUUCCGGCCAGUGAACAUCAGCCAAGAGGAACGGCGACUCAUUGCUUCACCUUGGUUUGCUGCCACCUUCUGCCUUGUGGGCCUGGCCUCUAACCUGUUGGCCUUGGCAGUGUUGGCCGGUGCCCGGCGGGUGAACAGCUACCGGGCCCGCUCCUCCUUCUUGACCUUCCUCUGCGGCUUGGUACUCACUGACUUCCUAGGGCUGUUUGUAACCGGCUCUGUGGUUGUCUCUCAACAUGCCACACUCUUUGAUUGGGCCGGCACUGACCCUGGCUGCCAUCUGUGUGGAUUCAUGGGUGUAGCCAUGGUUUUCUUUGGCCUGAGCCCACUCCUGCUAGGCACUGCCAUGGCAGCUGAGCGCUUUGUGGGCAUCAACCAGCCUUUUUCACGCCCAGCAGCUGCAUCCCAGCGCCGGGCCUGGGCCACCGUGGGACUAGUGUGGGCAGCUUCUUUUGGCCUGGGUCUCCUACCUAUCAUUGGCCUGGGUCGAUACACUGUUCAAUACCCUGGCUCCUGGUGUUUCUUGACUCUGGGGUCCCAAGUGGGUGACGUGACCUUUGGUCUGCUCUUUGCCCUGCUGGGUGCCUUCUCUGUGGGUCUCUCCUUCAUCUUCAACACCAUCAGUGUGGUUACCCUGUGCCGUGUCUACCAUGACCAGGAGGCAGCGUGCCAACGGCCACGAGACAGUGAGGUGGAGAUGAUGGCACAGCUUCUGGGCAUCAUGGUCGUUGCUACAGUCUGUUGGAUGCCUUUGUUGGUCUUCAUCGCCCAGACAGUCCUUCAGAGCCCACCUGUGAUGCUCCCCACUGGCCAACUGCCCCGGCCCACAGAGCGCCUGCUCCUCAUUUACCUGCGUGUGGCCACUUGGAACCAGAUCCUGGACCCCUGGGUCUACAUCCUGUUCCGCAGGGCUGUGCUAAAGCGUAUCUACCCUCGACUGACCAUCCGGCGCUCUAUCCCCUCUCUGGAUCCCACCAUUCCCCACUCCCUACAGCCCAAGUUCACCCAGGAGCCAAGGCUACAGUAACCCCUGUCGGAAAACCUGGAACACAGAGGCCAAUCAGCACUGCUGGCGGCAGGGACACUGGGCUGUCCGAGGGCUAAGUCUGGGAGGAGCUGGCACCAAUAUCACCCAGAGUCCAGGCUUUGCAAAGUUGAGCGGACAUGUGAACAAGCGGGGAGUGGAGUAGGGGUGGGGGGCUCGGGGUCAGAGGAGGAC